AUGCUCCUUGAGGUCGUUCUACAAACAGAAAGCCUUUUACAAACAGGCAACGUGAAGCUUAACUUAACCACACCAAAGGAGGAAUAUAUAUAUUUUCUGAAUGAGAAUGAUGACAAUGAAAAUGCUGAUAUUGAUGAUCAUAAUGAAGAUGUUGAAGAUGUAGACAUAGAAAAUCAUAACAAUGAGAACGUCACUGAUUUAUUCAAUGAAGAACCAAGCCAGUCCAUUCCAUUGGAUAUUUAUAAUCCAAGAAAUUGGGAUAAUAUUGAUCCCAAAUUCCGUGACCUAUUAGCGGAAAAAGGUCCUGUAAGAGAUCUAUUAAUAGGAAAAGGUCCUAAAGAUCAUUUACAUAGAUGUUUCUCUUCAACAUUUUACACUCGUUAUUUGCCAAAUGGAGAGCAAUAUGAUAGAGAUUGGCUAAUUGGCAGACUUAAACAGCAUGAGACAAGUAUUGAACAUAUCAAUCAUAUGAGCACUUGGAUUGAUUUUCGUAUUAGAUUGCAGAAAAAUAAAACAAUUGAUGGAGUUGUUCAAAACCGAAUCAAGAAAGAGAAAGAAAGUAAUGAGAAGAUCCAUGAUAUAAACAAUGGAAAUUUUAUGGGCCAAGUGGAAAUGAUUGCAGAGUGGGAUCCAGUUAUGAAGGAGCAUGUUCGACGUAUGGAUGAUAAAGAGACUCAUUAUCAUUAUCUUAGUCAUAAGAUUCAAAAUGAAUUGAUACUUUUGUUAUUGCAAACGGUGUUGCAAAAACUUAAGCUUGAUAUUGAUGAUGUGAGAGGACAAGGCUAUGACAAUGGAUCAAAUAUGAGUGGGAAAUACCAAGGUGUCCAAAGAAAACUUUUGGAUAUAAAUCCAAGAGCAUUGUACACACCUUGUGGUUGUCAUAGUCUUAAUUUAACACUUUGCGAUAUUGCAAACUCUUGUGGAAAAGCAAAAUAUUUUUUUGGAAUCAUACAACUUACACGUUGGGAAAGUCGUAUUGAAAGUGUAAGAGCAAUAAGAUUCCAAGCUGCUGAUUUAAGAGAAGCUUUACUUCAGUUAGCAGAAAGUGACAGUGCUGUCAAUGUAGUUAGCAAAAACUUACAAUCUGAAGACAUGCUUAUUGAUGUUGCUAUUGAUAAAGUGAAAGGGUUGAUUACUUUUUUUGAAAAGUAUAGAGAACAUGGGUUUACAGAAGCUAUGUGUACUGCUAAAGAUAUUGCUACUGAUAUGGGAAUUGACCCAGUAUUUCCUGAGAAGCGAAAAAUUCGUAGAAAAAAAUAUUUUGAUGAGAAUACUUGUGAGCCAUCCCAAUCAGUUCCUAAAUCAGCUGAAGAAAAGUUUAGAAUUGAUUAUUUCUUGUAUUUAGUGGAUCAAGCUAUUGGUUCUUUACGAAGAAGGUUUCAACAAUAUCAAGAGUAUGAGAAUAUUUUUGGGUUUUUGUUUACUUCAGAGAAGUUAAAUUCAUUGGAUGAUUGCGAUUUGAAGAAUAGUUGCAGUCAUCUGGAAAGCAUUUUGAAAAAUGACAAGUUUUCUGAUGUCGAUGGGGAGGAUUUAUUUGUUGAGUUGAAAGUUUUACGGGAGCUUUUACCAAAAGUAAAUACCACAGCUACUGCAAUAUUAAAUUUCUUGAAAAGAUUAAAUUGUUUUCCAAAUGCAUUCAUUGCAUAUAGAAUCCUAUUGACUAUUCCUGUUACUGUCGCAUCUGCGGAAAGAAGUUUUUCAAAAUUAAAAUUGUUAAAAUCAUACUUGCGAUCAACUAUGUCGCAAGAAAGAUUAAAUGGACUAGCUUUGAUUUCAACUGAAAGUGAACUUCUUGAAAAACUUGAUUAUGAACAUUUGAUUGAUGAGUUCUCUUCUAAAAAUUCAAGAAGAUCAAUUUUCAGACAUUAG